AUGGAGAUCCAUUUGCCUGAAGUGCCCCUUGAGGGAAUCUUCAGCUAUCUGGACGGCUUCAGCUUGCUCCAGGCUGCCCAAGUGAACAAGAGCUGGAAUGUGGUCGCAGACAGGGAGAGCCUGUGGAGGAGGCUGUGUCUGAGGAAAUGGUACUUUGGUGACAUCACCCGGGAGCACCUGUGCAAACAGCUGUGGCAGCAGCUGGGCACGCAGACCUGGAAGCAGUUCUUCCUCCGCCGAACAAGGCAAGAACGCUGCAUGCAAUGGGCUCGGCCAGAAGACUUCAUCUACAGAGAAAUAGCUGGGGACUACGGAGACUUUAGACAUGUAAAAUAUCUCUCAGGAAGUGGCCUCACCAUGGAUGGACAAGGGAAGUCAAUCCUUUGCACGGUGUCUGACAAGGGCACGCUUUCUACCUGGGAUGUGCAAGAGGGUGUUAAGAUCUGGUCAAGCCCAGUCCAGGAGAGCAUCAUCAUCAAUCUGGCUACCCUCCCUGAGAUGCAGCUCGCCAUCACUCUAGACAUGCAAAGAACCCUCAAAGUGUGGAACUGUCGAGAUAGGAACUCUCUGACUACUCUAACCAUCCCCCAAGGAUGUUAUACUUUGAAAGCUUUUGUUGCAAAGAAUGUCCCAUUCCUGAUGGUGGGCGAUUGUGAGGGUCACAUCUACACAUUUAUGUUGCCCGAGUUAUGGUAUCUUUCUACAGUAAAAGCAUUUGCAUAUGAUGUUGAACUCCUGUACUGUUCUCCUGAAAAUAAAUGGGUCUUAGCAUGUAACAUGCGUCUAUGUGUCUUCCCAAAGUUUUGCUACGGAGCCUACUGGACCCCAAGGACAGAAAACAGAAUAAUAGUGAUGUGCCAGAAAGCUUCCCACAAAAUCACAGAAUUUAUCACCUUUGAUCUAGGACUGGUGAAUAUUGGAGGCAAAGAAGUUGUCACAGCACAGCAGAUUGCAAACUUCCUGAUCCCAGCUCAUAUAAAAAACCCAAAGUUCAUGGGAGUCAGUGAUACAAAUGUGAUCGCCUUUGGGAAUGGACCAUCUCUGUUCCUCUACACCAUUGAUGGCCACCAGCUGCAUCGAUUUGAGGACCACCAGAGAGACAUCAGGAACUUAUGGGUGAUUUAA